GGGGUCCUGGACGCUCCGGCGAUGCCUAGGCGGACAGAGGACCCAGCGGGGGUGGCCGGCAGGGACUGUCAUUAACCCAUCUAUUGCCCAGACUCUUGCCCUGGGAGGAAGCCAGUCAUGGGGGAAACGGGCAAAGAAGAGUACAAAAUACAGUCAUUCGACAGUGAGACUCAGAAGCUGCUCAAAACAGCCCUCAAAGAGCCCAGCAACGUGGACCUGGAUAAAGUAGCCAAUAUUAUAGUGGACCAGUCCCUCAAAGACUCUGUGUUCAGCAAGGAAGCGGGGCGCAUCUGCUACACCAUCAUCCAGGCAGAGAGCAAACAAGUUGGCCAGAGCAUCUUCCGGAGGAGCCUGCUGAACCGGCUGCAGCAGGAGUACAAGGACAGGGAGGAGCUGCGCACCCGCUCGCUCCAGGCCUGGAUCUGCUACGUCACCUUCAUCUGCAACAUCUUUGACUACCUGAGGGUGAACAACAUGCCCAUGAUGGCUCUGGUGAACCCUGUUUACGACUGCCUGUUCCGGCUGGCACAGCCUGACAGCCUGCGGAAGGAGGAAGAGGUGGACUGCCUGGUCCUACAGCUCCACCGCAUUGGUGAGCAGCUGGAGAAGAUGAACUCCCAGCGGAUGGAUGAGCUCUUCACCCUUCUCCGAGAUGGUUUCCUCCUGCAGGAGGGGCUUUCCUCCCUGUCCCAGCUUCUGCUGCUGGAGAUCAUCGAGUUUCGUGCUGCCGAGUGGAAGAUGACGGACGCUGCCCAGAAAUAUUAUUACAGUGAAGUGACAGAUUAACCUCUCUACAGCAGGGGGGGAGAGAUGUCUCCAGCACUUUCACCAGCAGGCUUCAAUUCCAAGUUCUAAUUUCUUUUCGCAUUAAUGUUUUUUCUAGCACUUCCUGUGAAUAGGAUUUAUCCUGGCUAGAGCUUCUGGGCAUGGAACUGUUGGGCUGCAACUGCUGCUGGCCUGACUUGGGAGGCUUGGAGAGGUGGAAAGCACAGGGCAUGUUUAACCCAGCAAGUUCUUCCACUGAUUUUGUCUAAUACUGGGCUGAUGUCAGCAAAUGGCAAGGAAGGCUUCUAUGUCAAACCAGCAGUUUUUAUGUGUAUUAAGGAAAGCACAAUUUAGGCUGAGAGCAUUUCUGUUUCACCUGAGAGAUGGCGGUGCUGCAGGAGACAGAGGGGAAAUGUUUCACAGCUCACGUUGCACCUGGUUCUCCAGGAGAAGUCACAGCAAACACAACAAUGGCCUCACAAAACCUCAACCAAGUGCUCUUUUUCCCAGACUCUCUCCAGCACGCUGGCUGCAACUCCAUGCGACACAGCCUUGCCCAUGUGUCACAAGCCACCAACACCUGCCCCAGGACAGCCUGCAGCAGGACAGGUCCCUGAGCUCAUGCAGUUAGGAACAGGUUUUAUAAGUUUUAUACAAUAACUGUUCUUUUUUUUUUUUCCAGAAUGUAGCAGGUUUCAACUAUGGUAUGUUUCUUGUAAGAAAGGGAGAGGAAGAAACAAAAUAGACUAUUAAAGGAUUUUUUUCCUAAUAAAAGUUUUCCACUAA